CGUCAACACCUAGAGUCGGUGGUGCCGUGGGUGGCCGAGUCGGUGGAGGCGCGGAGUUAGAGAGUGCGGCUGAGAUGCCGUUAAGCACAGCCGGCGUCCUGAGCUCCUCCUCUACCACUUACAACAGGUCAAGGAAUAGGCCUUGCUAUCGGACCAAAGCCCUGAACUCCGAGGUAGAUGAGAGCCUCUUCGGAGCUAUCAAGGUAACCCUCACCCAGCCCCUCCAGGGAGCUAGCGACAGCCCCAUUGUGCUGCUCCGAGAUAAGCAUGUCAUUCGGAAAACUCUCACUGCCCUGGGCUUGGACCACAAGCCAGAGACCGUCCAGCUCAUCACCCGGGACAUGGUCCGGGAGCUCAACAUCCCCACCAAGGACCCCUUCGGGGAGUCCCUUAUCAUGAGCCCUGAGGAGUUUGAGCGGAUCAAAUGGGCAUCCCACGUCCUGACUAGAGAAGAACUCAAGGCCAGGGAGCAGGCCUUCAAGAAGGAGAAGGAAGCCAUUGUGGACGCAGUGACCACACGCAAGACGAUCAUGAAACAGAAGGAAAUGGUUAGGAGGAACAGCAAGAAGCUCAACAAUCUGGAGGAGGUAGACAAGGACAGGGCCCAGAACCUCCUUCAGAGAGCCAGGCAGCUGCAGAUGGAGCAGGUGGAGGAGCUGAAGGACAUGAGCAAGAUCAUCCUCAAUGCUAAGUGCCAUGCCAUCCGGGAUGCCCAAAUUCUGGAGAAGCAGCUGAUCCAAAAAGAACUGGAUGCAGAGGAGAAGCGGUUGGAUCAGAUGAUGGAGGUGGAGCGGCAGAAAUCCAUUCAGAGGCAGGAGGAGCUGCACAGAAGGAGGCGGGAAGAGAGAAUCCGAGGAAGAAGGCACAUUGUGGAACAGAUGGAAAAGAAGCAGGAGGAGCGAUCGCUGCUUGCCGAGCAGCAGGAACAGGAUAAGGAGCAGAUGCACGCAUAUAUGGAGCAGCUCCAAGAGGAGGAUCUAAGGGACUUGGAACGAAGACACCAGCAAAAGCUGAAGAUGCAGGCUGAGAUCAAACGCAUCAAUGACGAAAACCAGAGGCAGAAAGCAGAGCUGCUUGCUCAGGAGAAGCUGGCAGACCAGAUGGUGAUGGAAUUUACCAAGAAGAAGAUGGCUCGAGAAGCAGAAUUUGAGGCUGAGCAGGAGAGAAUCCGGAGGGAGAAAGAGAAGGAGAUCGCCCGCCUGAGGGCAAUGCAGGAGAAGGCCCAGGAUUACCAGGCAGAGCAGGAUGCCUUGCGGGCCAAACGCAACCAGGAGGUUGCCGACAGAGAGUGGCGCAGAAAGGAAAAGGAAAACGCACAGAAGAAGAUGGAAACUGAAGCCAAACUGCGGAAAAGUCAGCUAGAACAGGUGGCUUUCAAGGAGCACGCUCUGGCCGUUCAGGUGCAACGGGACCGGGAUGAGUUCGAGAGAAUUCUUCGGGCUCAGAGAGAGCAGAUUGAAAAGCAGCAGCUGGAGGAGAAGAAAAAGGCCAUGGGACGCUUACAGUAUGCCAGUGAGCUCCGGCGCCAGGUGCGGGAGAACCAGCAGAAGCAGGUGCAGGACCGGAUCGCCACCUUCGAGGAGGGCCGGCGCCUCAAAGAGGAGGCCCAGAAGUGGCGUGAGCACAUUGAAGACAUCAAGAAGAAAAAGAUAGAGGAGCUGAGAGCCACCGGCCUUCCUGAGAAGUACUGCACUGAAGCUGAGCGCAAAGCUAACAACCCACCCGUCACCUCUGUGUACUGAGGGUGCCUCUCUGCCCCUCGGGAUGCCUUCAGAGGGCAGCUUCCUCCCAGGCUCUCGGUGUCCAUAACUGCAGCUAAUCUAGACACUUCUGAGUUACAGAUUAAAUCUAUUCUACUUCUGUAAGGAACAGUCCAGCUUUCUUGCUGUGGGGAUGUGCCUGCCACGGGCACUUAACGAGGAGCAAAAUAGGUUAUGGGAGCCCCAGGUUGUGGGUGGUAUGAUGCUCAGAGGCAGAGAAUGGAAGGAUGCUCUCUCAUGGUCAGCCCUCCUAAGCCAGAUGGUCCCUUUAUCCUGGUGUCUCUUGGCUUUUCUGUGACUCUCUGGGAUGCUGUCAUCAUGUCCACUUUCAGCUCAGUCUUAUCUCUGUCCUCGUUCCACGCCAAGCUCAGAGGCACUUUAGGUCAAGGAGCUAGAGAUGCUCUCUCAGGGUGGGGCUGGAGCAAGGGCUGGGUUGGGCGGUGCUGGGGAAGGAGGUGUCAGAGCUCUUACCAGUUGUGUGCCUGUGACUCAGAUAAUGAAUGUGGAGAGGGUGAUGUUUGAACCUGUGGCUCACACUCCUGUCUCAACCCUGUCAUGCCAGAGCCCUUUCAAUGCCAGGCAGUGUCACGACAUAGGCACCCACUCCAUCCUCCAUCGGGGCAUGACCAGGGCCCAACGUCUCAACCUGCCAGGCUGGCACCCUCACCCAAACACAGCCCCCCACCCCACUCAAGUGGCCGGCUCCCCUUAGUCCACCUUUCUCCAACAAGUGAGGCUCUCCAAAGCUUUAUCCCCAAAGAUAAAAUCUGUGUUAGCUUGCCUCGCUUUCCCUCCAAAUAUUCUUCAUUCAUUCAUUUACUCAUCCAAGUACCUCUGAGUGCCUACCAUGUGCUAGGUACAUUCUAGUGAAGUCAGUUCUCAGUGAAUCAGAAGACCUGUUUCCAUCUCCACAGAAGCUUCUCAUCAGUGUCAGUCAGUCUGCUCUUGCUUCCCACUGCCCCCGUGCUGCUUGCCACAAAAUUUCUUGUAGCUUUAGAAGAGUCUCACCCUAUUUGGAAGGACCUGGAUGAUCAGGCUCCCAUUUUGGGCUGUGUGCUAACUUUCCAGGAUGGAGCCAUUUCCCCCAUUUUUGUAUACCUUUGAGGGGAAAGGACCUCCAUCCGGCUCCCAUCACUAUGGCAGCCUCCUUCCCCCUCGGUUUCAUUUCUCAAAUCCAGAGCCGAGUCUUGUCUCCUUCGGUGGGUUCUGCACUAAGAGAAGGCAGAGGAUAGCUGCUGGGCGCGUCCCCAGUGUUUACAAUGCCAGGUUACAAGGACCUCCGGCAAGAGUCCUCUUUUCACAGGGCCCAGGGAGAGUGGGCAAGCUGCUUCCUGUGCUUCCUCUGCCUCAGGACAACUGCAGCUUCCCCAGGCACCUUCCUCACCUUCCCCACCACAGAAGUCUGUGGCCCCCUUUUCCCCCAAACCAGGUGGGCAGCCCCACCAGCUGCUAGGGGAAGAGACUUUCUCACUUUCCCUGCUCCAUACCCCUAAGUGCAUACCUCGUACCUAAAGAAGUUAACCCCUUCCUCCCUAGGGAUCUUGGGAAGAUGUGGUACCCAGCCUGGGAUGGGAGAGAAGACAUGGCAAUGCCACUGAGGCAGCUGGCAUACUUGCUUAGGUUCUCUCUAAGCAUUCCUAUUGCACGAUUAAGAAUACCUGCAGGGACCAAGGAGUGAGACUUUACUUGUUUCAGGGGGCCCUCUUCCCAGGAAAGCCAGAAAGGACCUCAGGUGCCUGGAGUUUGCCCAGCUUCCUACUGAUGUCAUCCAUCUCAGGGCUGAGAAGAACAAGCUCCCUUGGAGUACAGGCCAAGACGUGGACCUCCCCCCAGCUGCCCCCACCUGCCCUGCUCAGGAACAACCAGCCUCAGACUUGUUGCUAGAGGUUGGACUUUUGGGUGGGCAGUGUUUUCUCCUAGGGAUGGAUUCAACUUUCCCUCUUAGGGCUCAAGGGUAGAAAUAAACUCUGUGCACCCCUCCAAGCUGCUGAAUCAUCUUCGGGGUAUCUAGGAAGCUGCGAGAUUCCAAGCUGUAGAGCAGUGUUGGGGAAAUCUGGAGAUAAGUAAGAAGUGCUGUUUGGUACAUUGUCUUUGUUGAUGUAAGGAUAUU